AUGGCGAGCGGCGGCGGCUACUACUCGCCGUACUACCAGCCGGCAGCGCCGUACUACUACAACUACAAAUACCCGCAGCAGCGAGUACGCGGCGGCGGCGGGCAGUCGUCGUCGGUGUACGCCUUCAUCCUCCUCGUCACGGUCUCCAUCAUCGCGGCCACCACGCUCUACACGUGGUGCGAGUCGGCGAUGGAGAGCCUGGUCGACCAGCUCCGGCGCCUCCUCAUCCUGUCCCCGCUGAUAGUCAUCAUCGCGGCGUAG